UAAAGAUUAAUCACAACUUUGAUCCACCUUAUCACCACCACGCCUGAAUUUUAUACACUAAGAAUUAGUCGCCAAAGGAUAUAAAAAAUUCCCAAUUAUGUCUCUUAUUAGGCGUAUAACGAUUCUUAGUUUCCCACUUGCUAUUGGAUUAUAUGUUAUGAGAGACUACAACCAAGGAUGUCAGUAUGCAGGAAAAGAAACAUUGAAGGGCAAAAAUGUAAUAGUUACUGGAGCAAAUGCAGGAAUUGGAAAGGAGACUGUUGCAGACUUAGCAUCAAGGGGAGCUCGUGUGUUUAUGGCUUGUAGAAGUGCGGAAAGAGCGGAAGCUGCUAAGGCAGAUAUAUUGAAGGAUUCCCAUAUUAAUCCAGAUCAAAUAAUCGUCAUGAAAUUGGACCUAUCGUCUUUUAAAUCAAUAAGAAGUUUUGUUAAAGAGUAUAAGAGCAAUGAGAACUAUUUACAUAUUCUUGUAAAUAACGCUGGAAUUAUGUGGACACCGUUCCGAAAGACUGAGGACGGUAUAGAAAGUCAAGCAGGAGUAAAUCACUUUGGACACUUUCUUCUCACAAACCUUCUCUUGGAUACACUAAAGAAAUCAUCACCGGCCAGAAUUGUUACAGUCUCGUCCAGAGCGCAUUCGAGAGCAACAUUUGAUAUUGAGAACAUAAAUAAUGAAAAACUUUACUCAGUUUAUAGAGCCUAUUCUAAUAGCAAACUAAUGAAUGUCAUGUUUUCAAGAGAGUUAGGAAAAAGACUCAAGGGAACUGGUGUUACAACUUACAGUCUGCAUCCUGGCGUUAUUUUUACCGAUUUGGCAAAGGAAGUGAUCCCAGGUGGUAUACUCCGUACUAUUAUCAGCUACUUUAUAACUCCCUUCGCUAAAACAGUUAAAAGUGGUGCUCAAACUACCAUUUUCUGCGCUGUUAACAACGAAGUUGGAUCGCAGACUGGCCUCUAUUACAGCGAUUGCGCAGUAAAAGCUCCUAUUCCGGUGGCAGAAGAUGAUGAAAAGAGUAAACAACUAUGGAAAUUCAGCGAAGAAGUGACGGGUUUAAACAGAGAAUAG